CAAGAAUCAUAUGGUACUCAUGGCCUCGCUACAACGCAAGAAUCAUAUGCGCUCCGCUUAAUUCUUUUCUGUGUCUCUCUCUCGAUGUUCAAGCUUUCAACACUCUCCCUCCAAGAACCUCUCUCUUUGAGCCGAGCUCUACAUUUUCCCGCGCGUUUUACCUCGUCGUCACUGUUCGACCGCGGUGUUUCUCGCCGAAUUCCGAUUCAGAGUAUGUCGUGCUCGAUUGAAACUGCGCUUCCUCCUUCGCUGCGAACGGUUUUCAUUUCGUAUACGCAACUUCAGGAUAAGAGUGCUGAUUUGUCAGCAGAAAUUGAAGAAGGUUUUGGGCCAAAUGGUUUGGGUAUCCUGUCAGUAUCAGAUGUUCCUGGGUAUUCUACACUGCGUCGAAAUCUUCUGCAACUUUCACCUAGAUUAGCCGGCCUUCCUGAAGGAGUGAAGAAGGAACUAGAAGACCCUCAUAGCAGGUACAAUUUUGGGUGGAGUCAUGGCAAAGAGAAACUUGAAUCUGGAAAACCAGAUAUGUUGAAAGGAUCCUUCUAUGCAAAUCCAAUAUUAGAUGUACCUACGACUGAGGCGUCCCUUAUUCAACAGUACCCUUCGUACUGUGGACAAAAUAUAUGGCCUCAUAGUGCUUUGCCCGAACUUGAAGUGGCUUUUAAGGCCCUUGGCAAGCUUGUUCUGGAUGUUGGGUUGAUGUUGGCUUAUCACUGCGAUCAAUUUGUGUCUAAGGGCAUGAAAAUGCGCGAGGAUGAAGGCCUUCAACAGAUACUUCUUCGCUCUCGAUGUCAUAAAGGCCGUCUGCUUUAUUAUUUUCCUGCACAACAGAGUAAUUGUGCCAAAGAUGGUGACACCAUAUCAUCUUGGUGUGGUUGGCAUACUGAUCAUGGUUCCCUCACAGGUCUUACCUGUGGAAUGUUUAUGAGAGAUGCUGUAGAAUUACCUUGCUCUGAUAGUGCUGCCGGCCUUUAUAUAAAAACACGAACUGGUCAAAUAGUCAAAGUGGUAUAUGGGGAAGAUGAGAUAGCAUAUCAAAUUGGUGAAACAACUGAGAUACUGUCAAGAGGUCAUGUUUGUGCAACACCGCAUUGCGUUCAGGCACCAAAGGGGGAGGAGGCUUCUGGCCUUGAACGUUCAACAUUUGCAUUAUUCAUGCAGCCUGACUGGGAUGAGAAACUUAAUUUCCCAGAGGAGGUGCAUAUUCAUCAGGAGUUGAUUCCGUCUGGAGGAUCUCUGACGUUUGGAGAGUACACUGAGAAGCUGCUUGACAAAUAUUACCACCUCAAAUUUUAAAAGCUGGUAGUGUAAGUUUAUGGAGAGUUGAGCAGUAAUUAACUCAACAUGAUGUAAAACUGUUUAACUGGGUCUAGGAUUUCUAUCAUUUUCAUUCUUACUAAAUAAUAUAGAGUGACUAUACGUUAUAAGUUCAUUGAUUGUGGCAUCAAAGCAAUAAAAAUGUUGUUAUGUAGUGCAUCAUACUCCAGCUUAAACGAGGAUAUAGGAGAGGUAAUUUAUAGAUACUCUUAUCCCUGUUGAACAGAGCUCGAUGAUUCCUUGGUUCGAACCCACUACAUAUUUGCUUGGACGGAUAAGCAUAUGAGAUUUCUAUAAUGAUCAAAUUCGUAUUGAUUGUAGAACAAAUAUUUUGGGUGUGGAUAUUUUUUAGGUCGUUCUCGAGAAUAUUUGUUUGA